UCCGUGUGCUGGCAGGGCAGCGGGAGGCAGAGCGGCCGGCCGAGGAGCGCGCUGCCGCCGGUCCCCGGGCGAGGCGAGCGUGUGCGCCGGCGAUCCCCUCUCGCGCAGCCCUGCCAGCAUGGGGCACCGCGGGAAGAAGGCGUGCUGCCUGCCUCUCCUGCUGCUGCUCGCCUUCUGCAGAGGGCGCAUCGUGAGGGUGCCGAGAGGUCCUCUCAUUCGUGUCCUGGGCACAGAGGCGGUGAUCCCUUGCAGUGUCAGUGACUACGACGGCCCCAGCGAGCAGAACUUUGACUGGGAGUUCUCCCGGGAGUCUGACUUCGUGCGGAUAGUGAGUACCUGGGAUCCUACCUUCACCUCUGAAGAGUACCAAAGGCGUGUGGGCCGCGGGGAUAUCAAACUGAGACGCAGCAGCAACGACGCCGUGGAGCUUGUGAUUAGGAACAUCCAGCCGGCUGACCAGGGGAGGUACAAGUGCUCCACGCCCAGCACCGAUGCCACCGUCCAGGGAAACUACGAUGCGGAGGUUCAAGUGAAAGUGAUUUCGGAUGGCUUGUCAGUGAGCAGCUCAAAAGCACGUUCCUCAAUGUCUCUCAGGCUGUCUGAGGGCGACUCCUUCAAGCUGCGCUGCUCAGCAGUUACCACCUCAGCGGAGCACACUCACCUGCAUGUCACCUGGCAGAUCAAAAGUGGACCGGGUUGGCAGGACAUCCUGUCUUUGACUCACGAGGGCAAAUUCCAGCCGGGUCCUGGCUACGAGGAGCGCUACCGCAACGGAGAUGUCCGCCUGGACACGGGAGCCAAUGACACGUACUGGAUAUCGGUGUCCCAGGCCUCCUCAGUGGAUGGAGGAGCCUACAGGUGUCUUGUGAGCGAGUGGGUGAGAGGGGCGGAUAGCUCGUGGCAGAAGAUUCAGGAGAAGAAUGUGGAGAUAGCAAGUGUGAUAAUCCAGCGGACCGCUCUAGAUGUGGUCAUUUCAACAAGCAAUGUGUCUGUGACUGAAGGGGACUCCUUGGAUCUUACGUGCAACAUCACGACAGACAGGAGCGGUGUUUUCCAGGCGGGACUGAUGUGGUAUUUUUCCGUGUCACCUGAUGAUACUUUGUCAGAUGCUCAGGUUUUGCUGAGCAUGGACCACGAUUCUGUUGUCAGUGACUCCACUCUCAUCAGCCUGAGCCACAUAGAUAGGAACUCCUAUCGCCUGUUAGUGCGGGAUGUGGCUGUGGAGGACUCCGGCUACUACUUCUGCCAAGCAGCCGUCUGGGUGCCGCUGCACAACGGGAGCUGGCAUAAGGUGGUGGAAAGGACAUCUGCGCCAGUCAAUGUGGUGGUGACAGCAAUAGAGCCAGACUAUGAGGUGUUUCUGAAUGCCUCCAAAACACCCAAGUUUUCAGAUGACCCCACAGAGCUGAACUGCAGGAUCACAAACGCCCAGGAUACCGAAGCAAACAUCCGCUUCACGGUGUCCUGGUACUACAGGCAGCACUUGCCCAGCGAUGACGCGGCGGCAGAGGAGCUGCUGGCCACAAUGGCUGCAGACUGGACUCUGCUGCUUGGGGACCGGAGCAGGGAGCGGACUCACAACGGGGAGAUAAUCUUCUUUAAGAAGGCUGCUGACAUCUUCAGCUUACGAAUCCAGUGGACUUCAGAAAGUGACAGAGGGGAUUAUUUCUGUGUCAUUUCUGCCUGGAGUAAGCACCGCAACAACAGCUGGGUCAAGAGCAAGGAUGUGGUCUCUCCACCUGUCAGCGUUUUCUGGGCUACACAAGAUUACACGCUGACAGUGGAGGCGGUGAAACUGAAGCCGUUCUUUGUAGCAGGCCACACCUUUGAGAUGACCUGCAAAGUGUCCUCGCAAAACAUCAAGACCCCGCGCUACUCUGUCCUCAUCACCGCCGAGAAGCCGCUCGCCGACCGCUCCAGGCCCAACGGCACCACGCGCAUCAUCUCCCUCAGCCAGGACUCGGUGGUGCGGCUGGAGGACUGGACGGACCAGGCCCGCGUGGACGGCGUGGUCCUGGAGAAGGUGCAGGAGAACGAGUUCCGCUACAGGAUGUACCAGACGCAGAUCUCGGACGCGGGGCUGUAUCGCUGCGUGGUCACCGCCUGGUCUCCGGGCGGCGGCGGCAUGUGGCGCGAAGCGGUCAACGGCUUAUCCAACCCUAUCCAGAUUGACUUCCAGACAUCAGGGCCUGUGUUUAAUGUCUCGGUGCAUUCUGACAACCCAACGAUCUACCAGGGGGAGCUGGCAGAUUUGCUGUGCAUUGUCACAAUGGAAGGAGUGGCACUUGAGCCAGAUGACAUGUCCUUUGAUGUCUCCUGGUUUGCUGUGCACUCCUUUGCAUUGGACAGAGAGCCCAUCCUGCUGGCCUCGCUGGAUCGCAGGGGGAUCGUGACGCAGAGCCGCAGGAACGGGAGCAGCGAUCUCAGCCUGGAGAGAAUCAGCCCGCUGGAGUUCCGCCUGCGCCUGCACGGCUGCGAGGACCAAGACUUUGGGAACCACUACUGUGUAGUGACCCCCUGGGUGAGAUCUGCCACUGGAGUAUGGCAGCAGGAGCCUGACAUCAAAGCCAAACCCAUCUUUGUGUCUGUGAAAAUGGAUGUUUUGAAUGCUUUCAAGUAUCCCCUGCUGAUUGGCAUCGGUCUGGCCACUGUCAUCGGACUCCUAUCCUGCCUCAUCGGCUACUGCAGCUCCCGCUGGUGCUGCAAGAAGGAAGUGCAGGAAACACGACGAGAGCGCCGCCGGCUGAUGUCGAUGGAGAUGGACUGAGCGUGGGAGCCAGGCAUGCUUGCAUCUGGGGAGAGACUCAGCCUGGGGGCUCUUGGAUUGUGCUGAGACACUUGCUCGCAGGA